GAGAGAGGGAGAGAGAGGGAGAGGGAGAAAGAGAGAGAGAAAGAGAGUGCGCAUGCAUUGGCCCGUCACCUCUGCCUCUCUUCCAGUCUACCCAGUGCCACCCACAGUCUCUCUCACGUGGUUGUGUUUCACGCUGUAGUUUGACUUCGUCACGUAGGAGACAGUACUUAACCAAAAACAACAUCGACGACAACAACAUGUCGACACACUGCUUUGAUUAACAACAACUGUCAGAUGCAAUACUAUUGACAGACAACUUCUUUCGAAACAGAAACAAAGACAGACUUAAACCCCCCAAAAAAUCAGUGAUUGUGUUGGUGACAAAGGGACUGUGAAAAAAAAACAACUUAAUAAAACUUGCGAUUUUCUGAUUGCCUCCUGAUCUGCACACGCUUAGGCAGCAUUGCAAGCAAACAAAAUUGAGCAAACCUCUCAGAAUCUGAUGUGAUUACUUUGUUCAAAGUGAGAGUGCAUCAUGACGUCUUUUUCUGAAUGCAGAAUAAGCAGGCAAGAAAAUGUGUGAUGAGUCUGUAGUAUGGACUAUACGCAGCUUGUUUUUCUGGAUGUUCUAAUUACGCCGAUGAAGGACUUUCGAUACAAAGAAAAAGUAACAUCGUCCAGUUAUUAAUGAACCAUUGGAAGUACUAAUCAACACGAGUUGUACAGUAAAUCUCCCCCAAAAUGGAGGACAUUUUUACAGCAAACACAACGCAGGACUAUGACCUCGUCAGCACUACACCAUCCGCAAACACGACCAUGGAGAUUGUCUUCAAUUUCUACCAGGAGGAACAGCUGACAUUUCUCUACAUCCUGUUCACCAUGAUAGUUCUGGGCAACUCUCUGGUCAUUGUGGCGAUUGGGGUGACGAAGUCUCGAAAGUCACGCAUGCAUUUGUUCAUCCUCAAUCUCGCUAUCGCAGACUUGUCGGCCGGACUUAUCAGCGUGCUCACAGACAUCGUGUGGAAGAACACCAUCGACUGGCGGGCGGGUCAGGUGGGCUGCAAGAUCGUGCGCUACAGCCAAGGCGUGGUCACCUAUGCCUCAACCUACGCCCUGGUAGCUCUAAGCUUUGACCGUCUCAACGCCAUAGCCAGGCCUCUUAGCUUCAGCGGGGACAAGCGGCGAGUUCGAGUGUUGCUUAGUCUGGCCUGGGGAUUCGCUCUGUUGUUCUCGGUUCCCAUGCUCAUCAUCAACGAACUCAAAUUCGUCAAUGGAAAAUGGCAGUGCUGGAUAGAAUUUCCCCAACCCUGGAUCUGGAAGCUUUACCUCACCAGUAUUGCCGUUGUCUUGUUCUUCAUCCCCGCCAUCAUCAUCGCCGUGUGCUAUAUCAUCAUCGUCGUCAUCAUCUGGCACAAAACAGGCCUUCAUGGGCCUAUGUCUGCAGAGAAAACCACGACACAGUAUAUCAAAAAUGGCGGUCAAGUCUACGUUGCAGCCAAUAACGCCCGUUUCCGGGAGAGUGGAACAAGUUCCAGGGGAGUUAUUCCCCGUGCCAAAAUAAAGACCAUAAAAAUGACGUUGGUUAUCGUUCUAGUGUUCAUCAUCUGCUGGUCCCCGUACUUCGUGUUUGACCUACUCAGCGUUUACGGCUACAUCGAGCACACUCAGGACACAGUGGGUACGGCCACGUUCAUCCAAAGCCUGGCUCCUCUCAACUCGGCCGCCAACCCCAUCAUUUACGCCGCCUUCAACACCAAAAUGUGUGUCGACCUCUUCCGGUGUCGGCACCGACAUCGACGAGGAAGCUCCCCCAACAACACAGCCUACUACAGCGGCUCAGCCAUGAUGACCAACAGACGACUUGUCAGGGAGAAAUCCUAGACCUGUCACCCCCAAUCUUCGCGACGUCAUCAACUCCGUCAGGGAACUACCCACCGUGUCUCUCUGACCCCCCUCCCCCGCUCUACCC